AUUAGCUCCGCCUCCCUCGUUUUUCUAGGUACGCCACACAACAUCUGAGCAUAUUUCGCUGUUAAAAAUGUCAGCUGAGAGGGAUACAGAGGGCUCUGCAGGGAAUCCUGCUGUGAAUGAAAAUGGCCCGGGAAUGGCUCCAGCUCCUGCUCCAGCUCAUGGCCUAGCUCCUGGUGGAGCUUCAAGUCCAGAGGCUGCUCCUGAAGCUCCCAGAGAAAAAAUGAUUGAGACUGCUGUGAAGUUCUUGCUCAAUCCACAAGUUAGGUCGAGUCCAAUGGCCCAGAAAAAGGCUUUCCUUCGGAAAAAGGGUGUGAAAGAUGCAGAGAUUGAAUUGGCCAUUGAUAGAUCGGGAACCAGGCAAGACGUUGCACCACCUGCCAAUCAAACCCCUACAGCCCCGCCCCCUCAAGGCCAGGUUCCCAUGGCAACACAUCCUGGUGCUGUACCUCAGCAACAGAUGGUACCUUACAUGCAGCCACCCUCUCCUUCAAGGGUAACCACUUGGAGGGACUACGCGGCCAUAGCUGUCAUCAUCAGUGGGGUGUCAUUUGGCGUCUACAAAUUAAUCAUGAAAUUAGUUUCACCAUGGCUAAAGAGCAGAAAAGAAGAAAAGGAGAGAAUGAAUAGAUUGGAAGCUUCGAUAGAAGAACUUAACAAGAAUGUCUCACAAGCAGUCACAGCAAUGGAGAAAUCAAUCAGUACCAUUCAGGGCCUGAUGGAGAAACAAGAACAGCAGCUUACCACCCUCAAUUCUGAGGUCGUGUCAGGGAAAGCACUGUCGAACGGUAGACGUUCUACGGAUACUACAGAGAUCAAGUCGGAGAUCAUGUCCUUGAAAGGACUGCUUCUAAGCAGGCAUCAGUUCCCGUCGACGCCCCAGAGGACAACAAUACCCAGCUGGCAGCGCAGCAGCGAUCAGUCGUCCACCAAGAGCAACUCACCCCCUCCCCUCUCCACCGAAGCUACCAACGGCAAUAUCUCAUCAUCACCACCACCACCACCUCUGCUCAGUGGGGAGCCGGUAACCAACGGCGACUCCUCUUCCGCUGACCCCGCCCAGACGCCCGUCAAAGUGCCAAUCACGGAGAACGGGGCGGAGGACGCCGUCCAGAAAGACCCAAGCCCCACCCCCGACGAGCCUGUGAACGGGAGUGUGAAACCAAUCGAUAGUCAAGCCACGCCCACUUUAGAGGGAACAGCUUGAGGCUGCGAAACGACUUCAUCAGGACCCAUUCAGACCCAAAGCAAAAAACUGCUUAAAAAUAAUCACUGCGGCGACCGCUUCAAAAACUGCAUUGGUAAAAUAGUGUUAUCAGGGAUGCCAGUUUUCAGGCCCUGGCAAGUUAUUUCAGAUCAUAGUUUAGGCUUUUUUCUUUACAAAAUAGCUGAUUCUAGGUGAUUCUCAGGCCCUCUGAUCAAUUCUAACUGGCAUCCGUGAGUUAAUCACUCGACGGGUUACACAUAGAUCAUGAAUGGGCUAUUGUGUGAACACAGCAACAUUCAGCUCUUGCCACUCAUGUUAUAAUCUUGAAUUUAUGUAGCGGCAGAAUUUUUGAAGUGGUUUAUGCGUCAUGUCUGAGUAGGGCUUUAAGAAGAGAUAGUACGAUUUCAUCACGCUCUGAAGACAAAUACAUUUUGGAUUCCUUUGUAUGAAUGCCUAUCCAAAUGUUCAUCAAAUCAUUAUUUUGUCUAGCUUGAUGCUUUCAAUAACCAAUCAUGUGGAGGAUAAGCAUUUGGAAAACUAAUUUCUGAAGGUAUAGUCCAGUUUUGGAAACGCCCCCCUCUCAAAAAAUGAAUGAAAGCUCUUAUUACCAAUCAUAUGAAAGAAUAU